AUGGCCGCGAAACGAUCGUUACAGUCGCCGAAGACGUUGGCCAAUGCCUGCAUCACGUGCGUUGGAGCUUACGGAGGGAUUGAUACCCUGAGCAGCUACGGAAGUUCGAUACCUACCGCACCGGAAAACAUUACCGUCACCUUCCUCACGCCAACGUCGGUACGGGUCUCAUGGCAAACGUCGAUGGAUCCGCACACUAUGCCAGUUGACAAAUACGAUGUCACGUACAAACCGACGGACGCCAGUUACAGGGUUGUCGUAGUGGUGGCCGGUAACCGGGACGCGGUAACGCUCGGAGGACUGACACCGGACACGCAGUACCAGCUAACGGUAGCCGCCGUCUGGAACGGGAAGAAGUAUCGCAGCCGACCGAUCGUAUUCAGAACGCUGGAGCUCCCAAGGACAUCGUACCAGCAGGACUCCGGUUCGCUGGUGAGCGGCAGUGGCCCGCCGAGCUCACCCCACGCUGACACAGCACCCUCGCUGAGCGGCAUUGGGAUCUUCAACGAAGAGUUCGGCAAUAUAUCAGUUAACUCAACGUCUCGCGAACUUCCAACGAUCCGUGGUGUAGAAAUCGGUAUUGUAGUGUUAGUGUUAAUAGUCUGGGCUGGUGCUAUAGCUUUAUUUUUUAAUCGAUGGGGUAAGAUACGAAUGUUGCUUCCAUAUCAACCGGACUACAAGCAGGAACAGCUGAAAGUUCCUGGUACGGGUGUCUGUGCCAAUGGUACCUGCAACGGACAACAUUCCCAUCAGCCUUACCACCCGUGGCCGGAGGAGCCCUCCUCGGUGAUCUCGGAGCGUUGCACACGGGCCCGUAUCAACUCGGCCAUCUUUGUGUCGUCCGAGGGCAAAGGGUUCGACUCGAUCGAGUUCAUCCGGCGGUACGGCUCCCAGAGCGUCCUCUGUCGAAAGGCGAAGAGUGCCGAGAACGUGUCGGCCUCCGAGCGACAGCGCCGCUUCUCCGAAUACCCGGAGUGGGAAACGGAAGACAGCACAACGGGCAACGGGACGGCGGGGACUGGUCACGGGGGUAACUCACGGCGGAAAAAAUCCCUCCGGCAGGAUUCGAUCGAGCUAGUAGAGUGCCACAAAGAACCAGUGAUCGCGGGGCCACCCACCGUCCCAUCCGUCACCCCUGGUGCCGUCCCGGUAGUAGCCGGAACAACGGCGACUCUCGUCACGGUCGGAAUGCCGGUUGCGAUAGGCAGCAAACCGAUGGCCACCGCCACCACCACCGGUGCCUCUGCCGUUGUCGCCGCAGCCGCUGCCAGUGCAGCCGGAGUCAUCAAGCCAACACCGAAGUUGUCCAACCUGCCGACGCUUUCAGUGUCCGGACCAUCGCCACCGCACGAGGAGGAGUUCCUGUAA